AUGGUUCAACAAUACAAGGUCGCCGACAUCACUCUCGCCGAGUUCGGUCGCAAAGAGAUCGAGAUCGCUGAGAACGAAAUGAGCGGUCUCAUGACCCUCAGGGAAAAGUACGGCAAGUCCAAGCCCCUGGCCGGUGCCCGUGUCGCUGGUUGCCUGCACAUGACCAUCCAGACCGCCGUCUUGAUGGAGACCCUCAUUGCCCUCGGCGCUGAGAUCACGUGGACUUCCUGCAACAUCUUCUCCACCCAAGAUCACGCCGCUGCCGCCAUGGCCGCUGCCGGUAUCCCCGUUUUCGCCUGGAAGGGUGAGACCGACGAGGAGUACGAGUGGUGCCUCGAACAACAGUUGAAGGCUUUCAAGAACGGCGCUGCCCCCAACAUGAUCUUGGACGACGGAGGUGACCUCACUGGUCUCAUCCACGACAAGUACCCCGAGCUCCUCCCCGAGAUCAAGGGUGUCUCGGAAGAGACCACCACCGGUGUCCACAACCUGUACCGCAUGUUGAAGGAGAACAAGCUGAAGAUCCCCGCCAUCAACGUCAACGACUCCGUCACAAAGUCCAAGUUCGACAACUUGUACGGAUGCCGUGAGUCUCUCAUCGACGGUAUCAAGCGUGCCACCGAUGUCAUGAUUGCCGGAAAGAUCGGUGUCGUUGCCGGUUACGGUGAUGUUGGCAAGGGUUGCGCCGCCGCCCUUAAGGGUAUGGGUGCCCGUGUCAUUGUCACGGAGAUCGACCCCAUCAACGCUCUCCAGGCCGCUAUGGAGGGUUACGAGGUGACCACCAUGGAGGACGCUGUUGAGGAGGGUAACAUCUUUGUCACCACCACCGGAUGCCGUGACAUUAUCACCGGCGAGCACUUCCCCCGCAUGAAGGACGACGCAAUCGUUUGCAACAUCGGUCACUUCGACAUUGAGAUUGACGUUGCAUGGUUGAAGGCCAACGCCGUCAAGAAGGUCAACAUCAAGCCCCAGGUCGACCGUUUCGAGCUCGCCUCUGGCCGUCACGUCAUCCUCCUCGCCGAGGGACGUCUUGUCAACCUUGGAUGCGCCACCGGACACCCUUCGUUCGUCAUGUCCAACUCCUUCACCAACCAGGUCCUUGCCCAGAUCGCUCUCUGGACCGACAACGCUUCCUACCCCAUCGGUGUCCACCUUCUCCCCAAGAAGCUCGACGAGGAGGUCGCCGCCGCCCACCUUGACAAGCUUGGCGUGAAGCUCACCAAGAUGAGCCCCAAGCAGGCCAGUUACCUUGGCAUCCCCCACUCUGGCCCUUACAAGCCCGACCACUACCGUUACUAG